CAGUACCUUUUCAGCAAAAUAUAGAUAUACUGGAUCCUGUUAAACAAGACCCUGAUAGACCUCCACCUAUUUUUAUCACAUCCGCAGACCCUACUACUACCUCUACUUCUAUUCCUACUUCCAAUAAUAUGACGGACAAUUUUAAUAAUGCGCCUCAUUCACCAUUUCAACAACCGCAACAACAACCACAGCCAAAUAUCAAUACGAACAAUCGUAAUAAUCAAUUUUACUUGAAUAUUAACGAUAGCACUUCAACUUUGAACUCGCCCUUAUCCGUCACUACUCCAUCCUCUUCACCUCGAUUAACUAAUCAGCAACAGCAACAACAACAACAACAACAACAACAACAACAACAACAGCAGCAACAACAACAACAGCAGCAGCAGCAGCGCCAACAACUAUAUGUUCAAACAAAUCAACUAGGUAUCUAUUCUCCUCAUUUGCACCCUACUUCGCCUGCCCUCAGCUAUCAAUCUGCCUUAGCAAGUCCCUUGCGUCAACCUACGAGUCCGUCUUCCGUGAUGGCAAGUCCCUUAUUACCACCCACAAGCCCUCUACCGCCAUCUGCAGUCGCUAUGCCUACGGAACAACAACAGCAACAACAAGCAUUUAUGAUGCCACCUUAUAAUACUACUACAACCAAUUCUAUAAAUAUUAAUGACACUAUCAAUGGUUUUUCUUGAACUAUUUAAAAAAAAACCUUUUCUACCAUUUGUUAUAGUACGAACUGCUAUAAUGAUUUCAAAGAAUUCCGUC